UAAAAGCCUUUCCUACGAAGCUCACAGUUAGUAUCAAUCGCAACUUCGUAGAAUAAAGUAUCGAAAACGUUAUGUUUCGUAUUAGUUUUAUAUUGCUCGUAGUGGUCGGAGUGCUUCUCAGUAUAGCUGCUGCUCAGCGACAAUGUCCAGAAAAUCAAGAAUGGACGUCUUGCGGAUCAGCAUGUCCGCGAUCGUGUAAUUCAAAUCCCGAAAUAUGCACUUUGCAAUGCAUUAUAGGAUGCCAAUGCAAAUCAGGAUUCGUGCUCAAUGCUAAAGGAAAUUGUGUGUCUCCCGAACAAUGUUUACUGUCAACUGUUUGGGGCCAAAGUUCGACGCCAAAGAAAAAGUGCGGAAAAAAUGAAGAAUGGACUGAAUGUGGUUCGGUGUGUCCCCCAAAAUGUUUCCCUCCAAAAAAACCGCAAGCUUGUCCUGCUAUGUGCUUUAAAGGUUGUCAAUGUAAAUCUGGGUUUUUAAGAAAUAGCCAUAAUAAAUGUGUCCAUCCAUGCGAAUGCGACUGCAAACCUCAUUGCAUUUCUAAGAACUGAACAGAGACUCAUACGUCAAUACAAUGCUGUUUAAAUAACAAACACUCAAUUUCACGAAACGAGUAAUAUAUUAGCUAAUAUUGACUGUGAAGAGAGAUAUCGCAUAUAGAUACAUUGCGUGUUAGUCAUAUUGACAUAUUCUAACUUAAGAAAAAGAAAGGUA